CAUAUCAGUCAUCCCAGUCAGCAGUGUCAUCCCAGCCAUUCAAGCCGUCCUAGUGAUCACAGUCAUCCCAGUCACCCAAGUCAUCCUAGUGAUCUCAGUCAUCCUAGUCACCCUAGUCAUCCCAGUCAUCCUAGUCCCCCUAGUCGGGUGUCUGUAAAACGCGGACCGGAUACCUGCGGAUGGCGGAUGCGGAUGGGAAAAUGCGGAUGAAAAAAUGCGGAUGGAAAAAAAUGCGGAUAACAAAAAAAUUAAGAAGGAAAAAACGAGAAAUGCGGAUGGCAAAAAAAUAAAUAAACAAACAAACAAAGGAAAGAAAUCUUUCUUUCAAGUCGCUGUCACAUGUUUGGACCCUUCACUUACGUACAGGACGUGAUGCCAAUAGUUGACACAGUUUUGUACCCUGUAAUUCCUUUCAUUAAUGUCACAGAAAUAAGGACGCUCCGUUCCUCCUCCUUAAAUGCACACAUACUUGGUGCACUUCUCCAUUGAGUGUUUAGCUUAAGGCUUGUAGGCAACGUAAACAGCUCAAAAAAUCGGCUAGCAAAGGAGGUGAGGCAAAACGAGGACCGGAUACCUGCGGAUGGCGGAUGCGGAUGGGAAAAUGAGGAUAGAAAAAAAUUUGAACAAUAACAAAAACAAAAAAACACAAAUUUGUAUAUAUAAAUUGUGUCACUAAAACAUUUCUUAACAAAACAAAACGUGUAUAACGUUGUGCGGACAACAACAACAAAAAAGGACUAAAUUUCCUCAAAUUAAAAGAAAAUUAGAGAAAACAAACUAAACCAAAAAAUAGGGUGAGCUACGUGAAAAAAUCGGCCUGCUUUGCGUCGCCCAUUUUACGCUUGCCUCCGCUAAAUCGCCAUGUUUCCUCACAAAGGAGCCUGAUCUUCAAAUGGGCUCAUAAUACAAAUCAACUUUCGCUCUGCCUUGACUCUGGUCGACUUUGCCAUAGCAGACAGUUCAGAGAGUGAUUGUGAACUGGAGACACCUGCAGAAGCCCGUUUUUGAGAUCAAAAGCUAAGCUACUGUUACACUAGUUGUCUUCUGUUACACAAUUUCCUCUCGGUUUUGUGUGAAUCGCUCUUGUUUAAUGAGGGUUUUUCUACAGAAAUUCAUUUUCAAGCAAUAUGCCGCACCCUCAACGGAGUCAUUUUUCUGGCCUUCGUUCCAUUUUCACAGUUUUACGAAAAGCUUCCAUCAACAUAUAAAAAAUGCUGAUCUGGUGUAGACAUAGCUAAAAAAUUUAUAUAGUCUUCUUAAGAAGCAGCUUGGUUUUUUUCUGAUUUGCAAUAAUUAAACAUCUUUCCAUGUAGAAAAAAUAUGUUUGGUUGCUGCUUCGCAGAUAGACGGGAGCGGGCCAAAUAAUUCGAAUAUUAUAUAAAUUAUUUUUCGAUUCCCAAUUCUGCCCUUCACGCUUUUAAAAACGAGUUUUAAGUUGCUCGAUACAGACGUUCUAAAAACUCACUGAGAAUAUGUUUUCGAAACUAUUUUGCUGGCAGAAAAAUUCGAAACAAAAACAAAUGAAACAGAAAGUAGCCUUCAUUAAUGCGUUUCCAAGCGACACUUUUUUGCGGGAGUUUAAUUUUGCAGAUUAUUUUUACACCUUGUCGGAAAAUAAUUUUUGCGAUUGAUCAAGAAGUCUGUUUUUUUCUUUCAAUCUGCAGUAUAAUUUGCAAUUUUAAAAAUUCGAACUCAUUAUUCGUGCACUUAUAAAUUCCCAAAGGGUAGAACAGGUAAAAAAUAAAUCCCCAUGAUAGGCGGAUCAGGCGGAGUUGAUUGGCAUCUGCCAAAUCGGAACAUUCGGCCUUUUUUCUGGUUGAUACUCUAAUUUUUUCUGUCUUGAGCCGCUCAAACAAAUAAGUCUUGAAUUGAUUGCCCCGAGAAUAUUCUUUCUGUAAGUUGAGUACACUAUAUCCAGUGAGAGCAAAGAAAUCAUGCCUCCCCUUCUUAGCGCGAUAACAAUGAAAUUCCUAAUAAAGUAAAUGUUAAAAAAAAAUAGCUAUCACUCCCGAAAGUAAAGACAGACUGCUUCGUGAAUUACACCGCUUUAGGAUGCUGGUAUGGUAACAUUCCGCAUUCUGACCCGUGAUUGCAGGGACCACUGGCUCGUUAUUUGGUAAAGAGAAGAAUAUUAAACGGGGCCAGUGCAAAAUAAGCGAACCUUUGCUAGCCGAUUUUUUGAGCUGUUUACCUUGCCUGCAAACCUUAGGCUAAACACUCAAAGGAGAAGUGCACCAAGUAUGAGUGCAUUUAAGGAGGAGGAACGGAGCGUCCUUAUUUCUGUGACAUUAAUGAAAGAAUUACAGGGUACAAAACUGUGUCAACUAUUGGCAUCACUUUCUGUAUUUAAGUGAAGGGUUCAACCAUGUGACAGCGACUUGAAAGAAUGAUUUCUUUCCUUAAUUGUUUGUUUGUUUAUUUCUUUUUGUACCAUCCACAUUUCGCGUUUUUUUUUCUAUCCGCAUUUUCCCAUCUGCAUCCGCCAUCCGCAGGUAUCCGGUCCGCGUUUUACAGACACCCCCCCUAGUCGUCCCAGUCAUCUUAGUCAUUCCAGUCGUCCUAGUCAUCCCAGUCAUGUUCGUAAUCCCAAAAAAAUUCCAGUCAUCUUUGUCAUCUCAGUCAUCCCAGACAGCAGUGCCAUCCCAGUCAUUCCAGUUAUCCCAGUCAUUCCAGUCACCUUAUCCAUCCCAGUCAUUCUUAUCAUCUGA